AUGGACGAAUCGUCAACGAAUGCUCCGGGUGACGACGACGUUCAGGUGAUCUACCAGACUUCCCAACCGACCUUUUCAACAUUUAUCUCGUCAGGUCAUAUCCCACAUUCAGUCGUCGGAUCUUCUGGAAUACUGGCAAUCUCGAGCAGCACUCGCUUGUGCUCCUUCUGCAACUCCGCAAGCGGUUCCAUCAAUGCCUGCUCGUCCGAACGUCCCCGGACACUUCCAAGUCCCCUCCUCGAAGGAUGAUGAUAGCGAUGUGCAAGUUAUCAAGGAACGGAUCCAUCCACCGCGUCUUCCGCAGAACUCUCCGCUCUUCCCCUCCUUCCUCACACCGGCAUUUCUCCAGGCCUACUGGCAAGCCCAAGCGGCAUUGGCUCGUGCUCCGACAUCGACCGGGCCGUUCAACUUUCCGGGAUUUUCUCAGCCCCAACCGCCAUGCCCAAGUGUUGACGCGGACUCGAAGGAUGACGAUGAAAUGCAUGCGGUUACCUUCUUGCGAACCGCGUCUGCGGGCGACAACACCCAACCGCCCAGCACCAAAGUGAUCUAUGAGAUUUCCGAGGCUGAACUUCCUCGACCCGGCCACGCACUACAACUCCCCACUCCUAUAGUUGCACUGUGCUCCCAUGAAGAACAUCCUCAAUCGCUCGGCCCGAAGGCUUGUGCGACUCCGAAUGUGCUUUGGAUUAUUGUGUGCGACCGCGAGGAUUGCCCGCAAAGUCGCAAAGCUGUUUCGGAUGACACCGAUCCUCCAGCUCAAAAUGGUAAAGUCCAAGUGGUCCAGGAACUUAUUCUACGCCCGAAUCCCGCCCUUCAGGUAUUGUCACGUUUCUAAAUGCGUACAAAUAGAACAUCUGAUCUUUUUCAGACACAGGCACAAUCCGACAGCCCGAUUCUGUCCAAACUUCUCAUGUCAACUCCUCCGAAGGCCCCGGAGAUUCCAGUCUCUUCGUAUGCCGAACGCGUCGGGAAAAUCAUUCAGAAGGCCCCCGAGCAUUGCCGUUCACUUCUGAAGAGGAAGAUCCGAAGAUCGGAGAGAGAUCUGCUGGCGAAGCACCCGAAUCUCAGGAAGAACGAAAACGAGGAUCGACAGAACUACCUGGCGGGCGCGAUGAAGAAGGAUCCGAAGUUGUACCGCUACACUCAUUGA